AACCAAAGAAGCAAACCGAUAUUUUUUUUCUCAUUUCUUUAUCCUCCAACUGCUUCGUUUUUAUAAACAAAACGUCAAGUCCCUUUCUCCCAUUCAUUUCAAAAUUUUCAUUGUGAGUAGUUGGAUUCAACUCUUUUCCCUUCUCCCGUUUCCUUCUGAAAAUUCUUCUUUCAUAAACAAAAAGAAAAGAAAAGAAAAGAAAACCCUUUUUUCCCAUUUGAGUGAUGCAAAAUCCCAUCUCCAAAUGGCUUCUUCAAGUUGGUUAUAUAUUGGUUUAGGCAUAGUUUUAGGGUUCCUCUUCUUAGGCAUACUCACAGAGCUUUAUUACCUUCUAUGUCGGAAGAACAAGAGAAUCAAUGACACUUCAGAGGUUGAAGAAGACAACCACCACCACUUCACUAAACAACCGUCCCGUCGUUUAAUUCCCACUGAAACUCAAAAUCCACCUGAGAAUCGUCGUGGAUUCGACGCCGAACUCGGCUCCGGCGAGGUUUCGUUGCUGAAAACAACGGGGAGAGAGGAAGAAGAUGAAGAUGAAGAUGAAGAUGAAGAAACAGAGGAUGAUUUAGAAUUACAUGGGAUUUAUAAUCUUGCUGGACAACCAAGGUUUUUAUUCACAAUUAAUGAAGAAACAAAGGAAGAUUUGGAAUCGGAAGAUGGAAAAUCGAGAAAAGGUUCGAGAAAUAGAAGCUUAAGUGAUAUAAUUGCAGCAAUUGAAACUCCUUUUUUUACUCCUAUGGCUUCUCCGCCAUUGAAGGCCUCUUCACCCUUGAGUUUGAAUUUAGAGUCUUACAAUUAUAAAGUCCAUGGAUUUAAUCCUUUGUUUGAAUCAUCGGAAGAAUUGGAGCAGAAUUUGACGAGGUUGAGAUCUUCACCUCCUCCGAAGUUCAAAUUUCUUAGAGAUGCAGAGGAGAAAUUGUACAGAAGAUUAAUGGAAGAAGCUCAGAGAAAAACAGAGAUUCCUAAAAAUGAAAGAAAGGUAAUUAAUAAUAAUAAUAAUAAUAAUAAUCAAAGGUUUAUUUAUUCUUCAAGCUCUUCUCAGGUUCUUCCUCUCAUUUCUUCACCUCCCUAGGGAUUUUCUUAACUUAAAUCCUGUUUAAAUCUUAGAAAUAUAGGCAAAAAGAAAGUUCUUUUUUCUUUAAUAUAUAUAUAUAUAUAGUUCUAAGUUUUGGAUGAUCA